AUUACAAAUUGUAGACGUCGAUUUUACCUCAAGUGCGGGAGUUUUGCGGCGCACCCGCAGCACCAAAUCGCAGCAGAGGGCCCCACAGCCGCAGGGAGACGAUCAGCGCAAACCUGCCAGUGCCCCUGCUAGCCGCAACAGUAGCCAUAUUGCAGCGGAUAGCGUUGGCUACAGUGCUACUACCGAGCCACAGAUUGACCUGAACACCAAUGGUGCUACUGACGCCACUGACAUGCUGGGUCCCAGGUUAACGCACCAAGAGCAACCCUUCAUUGACUACAGCAAUAUGUAUGACUCGCUGAGCGACGGUACUCUAGACAGGACCGAUGACUACCAUUAUCGCUCUCCUUACACUAGCAGUACACCUGUGCCUCAGUCUUGUCCGCAGCCCCACCUGGUCUAUAGUGAUAAUAGUCAUAGCGUGCGCCGUCUGCCCAACAACGACGGCCUGCGGAUGCAGCCAUCCUCAUCAAGCUCUCAACCUGCCUACCUGGCAUCGUCCAGCACGCACCUCCUGAACUCGAUUGAAGAGUGCCUGAAUGAAGAUGGCUUUGCAAUCGCCGGCUGUCCCUCCAGAAUGGACGUUGACGAACGUGAAGAUGGAGGCCCUAGCGCUGUGGUUUCUGGUGCCGUUGAUGCAGCAAACCUCAGCUUCAUAUUUGACGAGUCUGAUGGCCACGACGACUACCCCAGGGACCUCAUAGGCAAUAUAUCGAAUACUGCACUCUCGGCCUUUGCCAGCCAUAUAUUUUCAUCAAACCCCGAUAUGGCCAGCGCACGCCAUGUGGGCGAAAGAACUGUGUCAGAUUUUAACAACAGCGUGUACCACAGGCAUCGCCCGCUCCACCUGCCCAGCGCCGACCGGCACGUGUCAUUUGGCGAUCUGGGCGGAUGACAGCUACGAUAUUUUGCCCGAGUACCAACCGCAGACAGAGUUGCCGCCGCCUUACCCGCAGAGCACCAACAACAGUAGCAGCUAUAUUAGCAACCGGUCACGCCAGUUUCGGAGACAGAGUUCGCUGCACGAAACGUCGCUGUUCAGCAGGUCGCGUGGAGCCAUAUCGCUAUCUGUGCGGUCUGAGGAAGGCUCUGCCCACAGAAACGCGAGACGGUAUGACAUACACAACGCCUUGUACAGCAGCAACAGUUCUGUUGCUAGG